AACAGAAAACAAAACCUCCACGGUAACCAAAAAUGGCAGCAGCAGCAACAACUCUCUUCCUCAAACUCUCCUUCACCCGUCAUCACUUCACCCCUCCUCCUCUUCCUCUUCCUACUUCCACCAAUCCCUUCCCGCUUCAUCGCCGCCGGUCAUCGAGUUCUCUUCCUCGCAAUCCCGGCCGUUGCCUCGCCGCCAACUCAGGACCGCCCCAGCCUCCUCCGGAAUCUGACCAGACUCAGCUCUCAGGUCUUGCUGGAUCUUUGUCCCAAUUUCAGGACAAAGUGCACAUCUUCUUUGCUGUUCUCUUUUGGAUGUCUCUGUUCUUCUGGGCUUCUGUAUGGGACGACAGGGAUAGACCUAACAAGGGCUCACGAUUUAGAAGAUGACCUAGUAAGCAUUUAUUUGUAUAUAAUGAUAGUCUGGACAGGUAGGAUUAGCAUAUGCACUGAAGCAGUGAUUUCUUGGAUAAUAUAGUGCAAGCGGGCUAGAUUACAUAAUCAAAUGAUGUAAUUAGUAAAGGAUGACUGACUUGUCCUUGUUUGGUUAAUAUGCCUUUUUGUGAGUUCUUGUUUAAGACAUGAUAGGUAUCUACACUACCGUAAGGAUGAGCCUUUUUAAACCUACAAUGAGAAAACUGGUCAAGUAUGCUGUUUUGCAUAAAAUUGACAUAAUUAAUGUUCAAUUCCUAACCA